CACCGAAUGAAUACCAGUUUCAAUGUGGUUACAAAGACGUGCGUUUUGUGCCAAACAAUUUCAAAAUUAUUCUCUGAGACGCACAUGUAUUUUCCGUAUGUUUUGACCAUCCUGACGAGUCUGAAUUCUAUGAGAUUGGUAACCAUAGAUACAUAUAUAUUUAUAUAGCGAGUUGCAAUUAUUUCAAUAAAGAAGAGACGUUCUGCGUCAGUCUAUGGUCAGCAGACAUAAACUUAUUAGCAAGGUGUAGCUAGGUAUCAUAGCCAGGUGGUCGCGCCGUUGAAUAAGGCGUUUAUAUAUCUAUGUUUCGUAAAGAGUUGACGUCACUGUAGUUGAAAGAAUCCUACCUCAUGUGUGUUAACAUAGUCUGUUAAUUCGCAAAACAAAAACAAUUUACGAUAUCACUUACCUUUAGUCGUUAUUCUUUCCAGAGACGCUGUGCUGCUUCUUCCAAAUGCAAUCAAGUCAGUCAGUUGUGCCCCCGAAAUGAGCAUGCGCGGUUUCCAUGACGCUGGAACAGCAGAAGCCGAGCAGAAGGGGGCGGAUGCCAACCACCGAAAAACAACAGGAAGAAGAUUAUGAACGUGCCCUCGCGGGAAGAUGAAAGACGUGACCGUUAAAUUCUGGAAAGAAAGAAGAGGGACGUGUCCGGGCAGCUCCUGCUGAAAGUUUUGCCCCGGCCACGCCGAUACUUGGAGAGGAUGGACAAAAAAAAAAUACCAGUAAAAAAGAGGGUACGGGUUCCCACCCAGAAAAUGAAGGACCUGCAGAGCUCCCCUCCCCCAAAUGAGCAACCUGGUUGUUUUGUAUUCGUCAGAUGGGAGGAUGGUUACACUGGCAGAAUCUUUACAGGAUCUGACGUUUUAGCAAGAGAUGAGACUCCUGUGCAGCUGCAAGAUCUUAGAUCAGGAGAUCCUGUUUUAGCAAAGUGGUCAAAUGGUAAAUUUUAUAGUGCCACUGUUGAAUAUAUUUCAGGGGAAGAUCAGGCUAAGCUGCCAAAAGGCCACCCAACUCCACAGGAUUCCUUUUUAAAUAUGUUAAAAGGCGAUGAGCCAUCAGACUCAACGUCAGGGUCUGACACCAUUAUAAUAGAUAGGAGCCCACUGUCUGAACAUGGCGAGAAAAUCCCAGUGCUGAAUCCAUCACCUGAUGGGGGACAUGCAACAGGCCACAACACUGCUGUUCCACCACCCUAUGGCCAUACAACCAGCCCAUCACCGUAUGGCCUCAACACCUCUGGUCCAUCUCCCUAUGGCAGCCAUACAUCCAGCCAAUCACCAUAUGGCCUCAACACCUCUGGUCCACUUCCCUAUGGCAGCCAUACAACCAGCCCAUCACCGUAUGGCCUCAACGCCUCUGGUCCAUCUCCCUAUGGCAGUCAUACAUCCAGCCCAUCACUUGAUGAACUCAACACCUCUGGUCCAUCACCCGGCGGAGGCUAUGCAGCUAGCCCACCAACUAGUGGGGUUAAUCCACCUUACAGCAGAAAAGCAGCUCGCCUGGCACCGGACAGAAGAGAUGCAAGCAGCUCAUCUGACGAGGGCAACAUCCCAUAUGGACAGCAGGCAGAAAAUGCAUGGACACCAUGUGAUGGAUGUAAGGGGGAGGUAGAAAGAAUCCUACGCGAAAAGAGAAGGAUCGAUGAAGUCAUCUCGAGAAUAGAUCCAGGCCAGGUCAGAGAGCUUCAGACUCUUUGCGACCUCAUUGGAGAGAGACAUUGUGACAACCCAUCUUCACAUUCGGGCCAGCAGGAGCUCUUUCCUGGAAGCGGUCUGUUCAUCUCAUCGUUCCGCCUUGCUGCCAUGAAUCACGCAUCAAAACCACAUUGCAUGCGCCUGUUUCAUGCACUUUUUGAUCAUUUCUUCACUGUUGAGGAGUGUCAAAAUGCAGUCCCCUUUGGUCGCCCCGGCAACAACCCCUCAGGAAAGGAAGGAAAGCGGGUCCUUGACCGUAAAAAAGUUGACGGAAUCCAAACUUAUGUCCUGAGAUGUGCUACUCUACCUGGUUGGGAACAAAUCGAGGAGGCCAAGCUCAAGAAAGCCUUUGUCAACAAAUGUAGGGCCAGAGCAGGGUCUAAGGAGUAGGCCACUGCUAUCGUCUACAGUAUGUGGACUGCUUUCUGUCGUAUCCUUCCUUUUUUCUUUUUCAUUUUCAUGGACCAGAGGCGUUAAGACAGUACCUGCCAAGUUGACUGAGGCUUGGUAGUAUGUGAGUUACUAGUAGUAGGUUUUCAGGUCCUUUUCACAUGGUUUCAUGUGCUUGAUCCAAACCCUAGUGUGGUUGUUCCACGUACCUCAGCAGUGCUGGUCAGUGUUUAUUGUUUACAAUCUGGAAAUGUUUGUAUUCUGUAUGUAGGCGGGAUCGCUUAUAGAAUGCACCACAGUUCACAUGGUUCUUACUCCAGUUCCAUCAACAAAGCUUUCACACCGUUCUAAAUGGAUCUCUGUGUGUAAACAGCACGGUUCCAAUUUUGUAAAUGUAUUUAUGUUUUACUUAAAAGAAUAGUUCACUAAAAAAAAUUAAAAUUCAGUCACCUUCUUGCUGAGAAGAAGUCAGGUGUAGUUUUUUAACUACAUAAUUUUUCCAUUUCUAUGGUAACCACAGACAAAACCAAACAAAAGUAUCCCCAAAAAACCUAAUUUUACAUCCUGCUUGUUGGAGGAUUUUGAAGGUUUUUGGGGGGAUACUUUUAUUCGGUUUUGCCUAUGAUUACUGUAGAAUUAUUAUUAAUUUUGAGGGGGGGUUAACGUUUUGAGGAUUAAAAAACUACAACCUGACUUCUUAACAGCAAGGGGGUGAGUAGAAGACGACAGAAUUUUUAUUUUUGUAAUUCAUUUUUUUUAAUUUUUGUAUCUUAUUUAUGUUUUAUAGUUUUGUAUUUUGGUUUAAUUUUUUGAAAAGUGUAAAUGCUGCUACACAAAU